AUGACCAAUACUAAUAGGGACCGCUGUUGCAUAGCAGUUGCCGGUGAUUCUCCCAUACAAAACCUCAAAUACCCUCCUCCAUCACCAAACGAAGGCGCCCGUAAAGAGACUUACAUACAUGGGGGUGCACAACAAUUGGCAAAAUAUCUCCAGGCUAUACAUAGCGGUAAUGUCUAUGCACCCCAGCCUGACGAAGGUUCAACUAGUAAUAAUGAAGUUGCCUAUUUCGUGGAAUUGGUAGGCGUUGAUCCCAACUCUAAGACGCCAUCAUUUAGGGCGAAAUCUAUCAGUCCAUCGCCCCAUAGCUCUUGCCUGCAACUACCGCAAACUUGGGGGAACAUUCAAGACAAAUUGAAGGUUGUGAUAUUCGAAGACUCGGCCUCCGAAUUUUCCAAUGACCAAGGUGUGGCAAAGAUUACGGAUAGUACACCGCAGCUGUUGAUUUAUAAAAUGACCGGUCGUGCCGGAUACCUUGCCCGGGUUUCGCAAUGGACUAGAGUCCGCAAUUCUCAUUUUAAACCAGGAGAGGAGGAUGCUGGUCGCGUAAUUGUUAUCGUUGAUGCAGAAGAUCUCCGUGCGGAAGGCAUCGAAUUAAGCCGCCACCUAUCGUAG